AUGAAUAACCAGGGGUUUGUACCUAACGCCAGGCCGCCUAUAGGUAAGCCCAACAACGCCGGACAGAUCAGUCCUCAGGACCGGAUCCAAUUCGUCAAUUUCAUCGUUGCUUCUAUUGCCAAAAUCCAAGGGGCCGCUUUUUCCCUCCAACGAACAAAACCUGUGGCUGAGGAGUACGAGAAGUUUGCGUUUUCCAACUCGUCUACCAAGAAGGAGUAUGUCGACUAUCUCAAAAGCAAGAUCGCCAGCAUCAAUCAGUCUCGGCAGAACGCUAUUCAGAGACAACAGCAGCAACCUCAACAGCCCCAGCAGUCCCAACCGCAAAUGGCACGGCCGACGGGUCAACCGCAGAAAAUCGACAUUCAGAACAUUCCAAUUCCUCCCUCGCUCUUGGCGAAACUCCCUCCCGUGUUUCCGCAGGGCCACAACACAUGGGCCAUGAUCAUGCCGUACUUCAGGCAAAAACAAAUGUCUCCUCAUGACAUGGAACUCAUCAAGGAGGUGUACACCAUGCACACGCAAAUUUUGCGGGCUAAACAACAACAAGGCAUGUCGCAGAUGCAUGGAGCCCAUCCAACGGGCGACAGAGCACAGGUGAUGCCUCAGCAGAAAUCAAACGCUCCGAACCCAGAACAGGUGCUCAUGUUGCAGAGACAACAGCAGAUGAAACAAUCCAUGAUGCAACAACAAAUGAUUCCCCCUCAACAACAACAACAGCAGCAGCAGCAGCAACAACAACCUCAGCAACCUCAGCAGCAGCAUCCUGCUGGUGUGCGUCCAUCCAUUACUCCGGAACAGUUGGAGAACUACAAAAAUCAAGCAUUGCAAGUGAUCAAGAAUUUGCAGGCUUCCAACAAAUUGCCUCCAAACCUGAGCCCGGAGCAGGAAAGCACCUAUGUCAAGAGAUACCUGUUUCACCUGCUGAAUAAUGCCCGCCAACAACAAUCGAAGGUUCCUAUGGGCCAAACUCCGAUGAUGGCUCAGAAUAGGCAACAACCAAACUCUACACUCCCAAAGUCGCAGAUGCAAAUGCAACAACCUAACAUGAUGAUGCAAAUGCAGCAAAACCACAUGAACACUGGUCCUCAAUCCCAAAACAACCAUAUUGCUCCGCAAUCGCAGCCUCCGAUGCAGCCCCAACAACUUCCAACCAAUCAAAACCAGAGUCAGGGUUUAAAUCAUGUUGGUCAACAGUUUGGCAACGUCAUCUCUGGCCAACACAUUUCGCCUGGUCAGCAGCCUCAAUUUCCAACAGGUAAUGCUGGCCCUCGUUUGUUCACUGGUGUCCAUGCCACGGACGAAGACUGGAGAAGACUCAAGGCCAUCUAUCAGGAGGUUUCGACGACUCCGAUCAACCUCAAAGACAUUACGGACGAGAUUUCGGAGCAUGAGAAGCAACAGAUUGUCAAGAUCAUCAAGCAAUCGCAGCAACUGGUGUUGAUUUGCGAGAGCAUCAUCAUUCCAAACUUUUACAUGAUGACAAAGAGCUACGAGGGUACCAAGAAAUUGAUGUACAGUCAGUUAAUGAUCAAGCAGGUUUUGGACAGAUUGAAGAACGGGGGACGUUUCUUCGCCAGUUUUGAUCUUCUGAACAAGGUCCAGAACCAGAUCACAAGGUUUCUGGCCUACAUCAAGGAGCAAAACUCCAAGAUGAUGAAAGCCCAGCAACACGGUGUUCCGGGACAACCUGCGAUGAACCCGCAAAACAUGGUUCCACCACAGGGACGUUAUAUGAUGCAGCAGAAACCGCAACAGCAACAGCAGCAGGGUGGUAUGAACAUUACCACGCCAUCUCCGGUGAUGCAGCGCGUGAAUCCUGUUCAACAACAACAGCAACAGCAGUACAUGUCGCUCCCGACGAUGAAUGGCAUCAGCGCUUCGUCUGCCUCGCAACAGUUUCAGCAGCUUUCUGAUCAACGUCAAAUUCCUGGACAGCAGGUGCCCAUUAUGCAGGCACCUGUUGCUGGAAAGAUUCCUCCACAGUUCAUGGGUGGAUCUCACGGUGGAAUGAUGCCUUCUCAGCAGCCAUCCUCUGCUCCAGCAGUAGCUGCUGCGAAGAAGCAGCCUGUGCGAAAGAGGCCUGUCAAAGGACCUGCUGCUACUGCUCCGCCGGUUAAAGGCAAAGCAUCUCCGUUUCCACAAAGUGCGGCUGUUGCCGGCGCUGUGCAGCCUGGGUUUGAAGGUGCGGCUUCGCCUGAGGUGCAGCAUCUGAUGAAGGAGGCCACCGAGAUGGUUUCGAAGGAAGAAGCCCGGAUCCGCGCAAUCGAUCAGCAACGCAACAAGCGUCGUGAGCUUGCUAGUCUGGACCCGGCACGGUAUGUGCUUGCAGUGCUUGCAGACACUCUGAAUCUUCCUGAGGAGGAGAAUAAGAUCUACGAGACUACGAAGCUGACAACGAGCAAGGGACGCACGUUGAGCUCGAAUAGCGGACAGGGAAACAAGGUGUUGACUCCGUCUGCCAUUUUGACCACUCCGUUGCCGUUCAACGUGAAAACUCCGACCUCAUUCAAGUACUAUAACUCUGCGAUCACGCCAAAUGGCUACAAGGGUACCAAUUGGCAGGGCAAGGUGAAGGCGACGAUUAUUUCUGAUGCAUUCCAAGGGAUUGUUUCGAUGCUUCCUCAGGAGAAGAGCGAGAGCACUCGGAACGGUCUUGAAUCUACUCUUCUAGGGGAGCUGAACCUACAAGUGUAUCCUACUCCUCCGGACGAUGAGACUCCCGGAAAGCGGAAACAAGAGGAGCUUGGAGGCGAUGUUAAGAAACUGAAGGUUGGAGAAGACGAUCUUUGGGAUUUUGACGGGUGGUAA